AUGCCUGAGCAUGAUGAACAUUCGGAUCAGAAGAAAGACAAAGAUGUGGCUCCAGAGCAUCCAUCAGAUUUGAAGGAUACAUCUCCUGAGCAUCCUCCUCCUACUGCGCCUGCACGCUCUCCAUCUCCGGACUCCAAUCGUGCACCAUCACCGAACGAUAAAAAGCCUAUUUUACAGCCUGAACCCGAACCGAAACAUGACGAGCCCGUUCCUGAUCAUCCACAUGGGCCACCACAUGACGAAGGUGCUGGAGACAGCAAACCACCGAAAUUGUAUCCGGAACUUCCGACUUCUGAUGACUCACAUGGCGAGACACCUUCACCGGUACCUAAAGACAGAAGUCCGUCACCGAAACCGGAAAAACCAGAUCAUGCACCUCAACCUCAGCCUGCACCAGUAAGUCCUAUGGAUAUACAUGGCGCACCGGCUGAACCAUUCGGUUUACCGUCAAUUGCACAUCCUACACCUCCACCUCCAGCUGGUGUAAGAAUAGAAGGCGACAUUCCUGAAGAGUUCAAGCCUCCAUAUACUCCUGAACAACCUGGCGAGAACGGUUUGUUGGAUGAUCUGGAAGAGCCACCCAAAGUGAUGAGAAUCAGUAUGGAUACCGACGAUCUGAAUCAGGCUCUUGAGAAAGGAGCCACAGCUGUUGCUGAUCAACUUGCGCAGUGCUUGGACAGUCUUACCCUCACAGGCAGCAAUGAGAUAACCUUCCAGAAACUGGAUGACAAGGACCUGACAGAAACGAAAGCCGAAGUAGCUAAAGAAAUCAGCCAACAAAUGAUCCAAGAGGCAUCAACU